AUGGAAGGAUCAAGCGUCUCUCCUCCACCAACCCCAACAGCACCUUUCGAAAAGAGGCUGAAGAACUGUGUAUCACCUGGCGAGUAUCCUGAGGCUUACCGACCAGGAGGCUAUCAUCCUGUCAACUUGGGAGAUGUCCUCAAUGAUGGGCAGUACAAGAUUAUUCGAAAACUUGGAGACGGGUGUUUCUCUAUCGUCUGGCUCGCCCAUGACUUGAUGAACUCCCGCUAUGUGGCACUGAAGAUUUUGGUAUCGGACGAGGAAGAGAAAUCCCAGGAGUUGCAAAUCUCGCACCACCUUGACCAGGUUGCUCCCUUGGAAGCACCCCAGCGGAUCACGCAGCUUCUCGCCGAGUUUGAACAUAAAGGUCCCAACGGCACACAUAAAUGCCUGGUUUUUGAGCCCAUGGGACCGUCCGUCAAUCAAAUGCUUCUGGAACUUGCCGACAGGGAGGAAAAGUUUCCGAGUGAGAUGAAGUAUCCGGCCCAAAUGGCAAAGCACAUUCUCAGGGAUGCUUUAAAAGGGUUGGCAUUUCUUCACAAGAACGGUAUUUCCCAGGCCGACUUUCAGCCCGGAAACAUUCUAUUCUCGCUCAAUAAUAUCGAUCUCUGCGAUGAGGCAACCUUAUGCCAGGUAGAAGAGCCUGACGAGGACUAUCGGAUUGAGAGGAUUGAUGGCAAGAAAGACAAAUGGGCACCUGAAUAUCUGUGGACUGCAGAGCCGCUGAUUGAUCACACGAGGAUAGACGAAACCCUCAAAGUCAAACUAGCGGACAUGGGUGGCGCAUACUUCCUUAAUCACCCCCCCGAGGAGCCGAUAGUCCCUUGCGCCCUUCGCGCUCCAGAGCUAGUACUCAAAGGAGAAUUCGACAAGGCCCAGGAUAUCUGGAGCUUCGGGUGUCUUGUUUUUGAAUUGAUUGCUGGACGACCUCUCUUCUACGUAUUUGGCCCAGCCAAAGACGAUACCUCCUUACUGAACGACGAAUAUCUUCUUCAGAUCACGGAUAGGCUUGGCCCACUCCCCGAUGAGCUAUAUAAGUACUGGAAGACCUCCUCGCGCUACUACACCAAGGAUGGAACAAAGUACAACUGCAUGAUUGGUGGUGUUCCCGAGGGUAGGGAGCCGCUUAUGUUGGAACAGUGUUCCAUGGAACAAGCCUUCGAUAGAGCGGGUCCAGAGAUGACAGAGGACAAGGCACAGGAGGUCAAGAAACUCAUUCGAUGGAUUCUUCAGUAUGACCCUGCCAAAAGACCCUCGGCCGAAGAAAUCCUUCGUCAUCCAUGGUUUGCAGAGAUUCAGGCGUGA